AUGGAUCGAGACAUAUCUCUUAAUAAUACACAUUUAACACGUUUAACAGUAAUUCUGACCAUGGAAUCAUUGGGCAUACCGCCAUUCAUUGGUUUGUCUACAUUCAUUUUAGGCAUCAUCACAUACUGCUUAAUUUUGUUCUUUCACUCCAUGCUUCUUGCAACUAUUGUUGUAAAACGGAAUCUCCAUGAGCCAAUGUACAUACUGCUUUUUAAUUUAUCCAUAUGUGAUGUUAUGGGAGCUACAGGUUUUUAUCCUCAACUUAUUUGUAGUAUAUUGUCUGAGAACAGACAAAUAUCCUAUCCUGCCUGUGUCUUGCAAGGCAUUGUUCUUCACAUCUAUGGCACUGGAUCUCUUUUAAUUCUCUCUGUUAUGUCUUAUGAUAGAUACAUUGCUAUAUGCAAACCAUUAAGAUACCACAGUCUGAUGACACGAGCUAACUUGGGGAAAUUUAUUUGCAUGGCUUGGUCCAUAGCUUUUGCUUUGAUUGGGGCUUUAUUUGUGCUUACAGUAAGCAAAGAAAUAUGCAGGACAAAUAUAGUGGAUACUUACUGCAAUAAUCCUUCUUUAAUGAAGUUAAGCUGUGAGGAUAUGAGUGUGGUUAACUACUAUGGCCUGCUUAUUAUAGCUCUUAUACAAGGAUUUUCUAUACUGGUGGUAUCAUUAACAUAUUUUAAAAUCCUAAUUACCUGUCUUUCUACUAAACAGGCAAAAUCUAUUAGUAAAGCAAUGCAAACAUGUGGGACACAUUUAGUUGUUUUUCUGACUUUUGAGGUUAACAUAUUUUUACUAUUAGUUUCUCAUAGGUUAGAAGCAGUAUCUCCACAUUUGCGAAGGGCUUUUGGUGUUGCACUUGUUAUUAUUCCUCCAAUUUUUAAUCCUCUAAUUUAUGGGUUAAAAACAAAGGAAAUACGACAAGCAGUGUUUAUGUUUUUACACAAAAAAGUUUUCUUUAUAUAA